AUGACUGAUAAUACGCGUCGAAUGAUUAGCGAAUGGUUGCACCAAGUCAAGUACAAUCAUGUAGGCGAAACAAAACGAAAAUUCUAUGCAGAUUUAUGUCAUGCAAAAGCCGUAAUUAAAGUAGCUGCUGCUGAUUCAAAAGUAUCUGAGCAAACACGACAAUGGGUUAUCGGUUAUUCAGCGGCUAUGGGUGCACCGGAAGAAGUAUUAGAUUUGACGGAGAAAUACAAACCAUUAGUCGAAGAUGGAACAGUCCCGUUCCAUUCGAAAAGUGGUCUUGAUCAUGCGAGAUAUGGACAACUGUGGCUAUUUUAUGAUGGUUUUCGUGCUGCAAUAGGUGGCGAAGAAUUAUCGCCGGAAAAAACAACAGCAAUCUAUGCACAAGCCAAGAAAAUGAUCAUCGACGAAGAAAAGAUUAAGCAAAUUGAGGAAAUAGUUGACAAAGAAGAGAAAUUGCGUAAAAGACGUCUAGAACUCUUGUUUCCCAACGGUGUUGGCACUGCUAUACGAGAGGUCGCAGCAGAAAAAUAG